CUGGAGGAGCAGAGCGGAGAGGGGCGUCCUGACAGCAGGAGGAGGAGAACCUGCUCAGCAACUUCACGCAAGUUUCACUCCGCUUCUGUGCUCCACGAGCCGCGGCCGACACCGCCGAAAGAAACACCCCCGACUUCACUCUAAAAGUUCCCUUUUUACCUCCGAGGAGCGGACCGACCAUCACCACCGCCUGGCCGAGGAGCUGCGCAGACCGGCGAUGUCUGGGUCGUACUGCAAAAGUUUGUACCCGUUCAGCGGGGAGCAGCACCAGCAGGGACUGAGCUUCGAGGCCGGGGACAUUAUUAAAGUGGUCCAGGCUCUGCCCGGAGGCUGGUGGGAGGGAGAGAGGGAUGGAGACAGGGGAUGGUUCCCGUCAAGUUAUGUCCAGGUCCUGGAGAGGACAGCAUCUCUGAGUCAGCUCCCUGUUGAGGACCUCAGAGACCCCCUGCCUCCUCAGUGGAGGUGCUACAUGUCUCCACAAGGGCGGCGAUACUACGUCAACACCACGAGCAACGAGACGACAUGGGAGAGGCCGUCAAGCACGCCUGGGACUCCCAAGAUGUCCCUCCGACACAAGAACUCCCUGCCUGCAGUGAAUGGAUUUCACUCAGGUGGUAGCCCCUUGCAUCAUGUGGAGCAUUCACACAACAGUCUGGUUAGGAAGAGCAGUACGGAGCCACAGCAGAGCCCGGGAUCAACGUCGCCCACCAGGAAACAGAACAAGGAGACCACGGUCACGAUUAACUGUGUGACGUUCCCAUCUCCUGUGUGCAUGCCGGAGCAACAGCUGCUGAAACCAAACGAAUGGAGCUACUGUGAUUACUUCUGGACUGAUAAGCGGGAUACCCAGGGCAAUGGCUGCAUCACAGGAUUUGAGGUUUUGCUGCAGAAACAGCUGAAGGGGAAACAGAUGCAGAAAGAGAUGGCCGAGUUCAUACGAGAAAGGAUAAAGAUAGAAGAGGAGUAUGCCAAGAAUCUCUCCAAGCUCUCCCAGAUCCCUCUAGCGAGCCAGGAAGAAGGGACUCUGGGGGAGGCUUGGGCUCAGUUGAAGAAGAGCCUGGCAGACGAGGCUGAGGUUCACCUAAAGUUCUCCUCAAAGCUCCAGAGUGAAGUGGAGAAGCCCUUUCUGACCUUCAGGGAGAACUUUAAAAAGGACAUGAAGAGGUUCGACCAUCACAUCGCCGACCUGCGGAAGCAGUUGGUUGGUCGCUACGCAGCCGUGGAGAAGGCCCGUAAAGCUCUGGCCGACAGACAGAAGGAGCUGGAGCUGAAGACUCAGCAGCUGGAGAUCAAGCUCAGCAACAAGAUUGAGGAAGACAUCAAGAAGGCACGCAGGAAAUCCACGCAAGCAGGAGACGAUCUGAUGCGCUGCGUCGACCUUUAUAACCAGUCUCAGUCCAAAUGGUUUGAGGAGAUGGUCACCACAAGUCUGGAGCUGGAGCGUCUUGAGGUGGAGCGGGUGGAGAUGAUCAGACAGCAUCUGUGUCAGUACACCACCCUUCGGCAUGAGACGGACAUGUUCAACCAAAGCACGAUGGAGCCGGUGGACCAACUCCUGCAGUGCGUGGACCCGGCCAAAGACAGAGAGCUGUGGGUGCGGGAGAAUAAGACUGGAGAGAUCAGGCCAGUGGACAUAGAGAUCUGACCUCAGCGCUGUCUGACGGCUCUGCAUAUGCACACUUUUACUCCCGAGCUCACACUCAGACACACGGACCUGCAGGCUACAUGCCUGUAAUCUGUGCUGGGAUCCUCACUCCCCCCACUGAUCCACCUGUGACUCCUAAAAGCAAGCUGCUGAGGAUGAUGUCAGUACUUGGGGAGUUUAGUGAGAACCCUGAGCGAUGAAUGAAGAUGUCAGAUAACGACAGGUCGUAGCUUCCUGUUAUGAUGCUGAUGCCCAGCUGAGACGGCGCAGGAAAAUGGGAACUAUGAGUGUGAAUUGUGAGGCGAUUGAUCAAGAAGCAACAACAAUGAACAUAUAACACCUGUAAAUGUUGAACAGCUUUAUGUCAUGCAGCAGUGUAAAGCUGCAGUUUGUGUGUGCUUUUGCUCUGUGGGGUAAUUCUCUGGUUCACUUGUGUGUUGAUGCACAUGUGACUUCAGAACCGCAAGUUGUUGGCAAAAAAUAUUUAACAGAUGCUGCUAAGCAAGAAGCAUUCUGGCUGAGAGUGUUACAUUACUGUGUCCCAGAAUAAGACUAUUAGUAUUAGUAUUUUAGUAUUUUAAUACUAAUAUCCACCAUGUGCAGGUAUUGAGAUUUUGCUAAGCCCCACCCCUUGGCUACUGUUGCUACGCCUGUCAAGAAUGCCAUUCUGGCACGCUACAGAUGGAGCUUCCAAAAAUAUAAAAAAUAAUCUUUUAACUUGUGAAUUUCGUUAACUGAAAUGACAGCUGUUGCUAGCAGACUUCAUUUGCUGUAAUUAGCUUGCGUAAGCUUCUGCUAAUGAUAAAAAUCUGUCAGCAGCUGACUGAGAAGUUUCCAAUUUGUCUUAAAAAGAGAAGCCUCUCAAAGGGUCUUAAAUGCGCACAUGAUGGCUACAUACAUGAUGUCAAAAGAGCUAUGGCUAAAGCUAACAUCCUCAAAAGCUCAUGAUCCAUGUAGAAAACAUUGAAAUAAAGUGUUAAUUGUACAGCAUGUGCAAAAAAAUAUGAUUCGUUUCAAUAUAAGCCUUGGAUGGUUUGGAUGCUUACAAGUUUUUUUUAACAGUAGGUUUCAUACAGAACACAAGUUUGAUUCGAUUGUUUUGAGUGCAAACUUUCCCAAAACAUGUGAAGAGCUGCUAACCUUACUCUAAAUUCUGAUACAGUAGCACCACUGAAGUGGAUAUUCCGGUCCUGAACAGCUGUUCUUCUAAUGCCACCUGUAAAAUUACAUGUCAGCAGAAUUUGCUAAUCACAUGCCCCUUGUUUAUGGAAAUGAUGCCACGUGUCUACCGGGGGUAUUAAAGCCAACGUUAGGUAGUAACAUCGUUAAGGUUGGAGCUUACACCACAGCAGAUAAACACACUGUUUAAUCCAUUCCUCACAGCCUUAGCUACGGUUGCUACGGUAGGAUUGUCAGUGAUUGACAGAAAUUUGUUUGGGGUCUAGCAAAUGGUCAAUUGCUGAGAACGAAAAUCACAAAUCAUAUUUGCAUCUCUGAAAAACGUAUGAAAUCUAAAGCUCGAGAACACUCAGUUUCAUUUCCACCCGUCUGACUUCAUUCCUAAUCACAUCUGAAAAUCAUACAAUUGCACUUUAUACCCAAAUGAUUUUUAAUAGAUAUACUGUAAGUUGCUGUUCGUAUGGAAACUAUUCUAAAGAGAACUUUGUUCCACAUUUUAUUACUGAGUUGGGAGUGUGGCGGUUAUGUUCACAGGCAGCCUGGUGUAAAUAUAUGGGAUGUGUGAUUUGCAAUGACAGGAGGCAGUAGAGUGAAGGAUGUAAAAUACAAUAAAGAGUAGAAUCUUACACAAAGACAGUUGGUAUACAGUUUGGUACUGUUAAUAUAUGAAAUGUACAAAGUGUUUUAUAUGCAGUAGAAACAGCAGUAUUCUACUUCAGUAUCUACAGUUUGAGUUGCUUCAGUUGGAUUCAGUGUCAGUGCUGCUGCCUGCAGGCGUUCAGUGUUGCACAAAUUGCUCUUUCACCACCACGUCUUGAUCAGUAUUACUGCCGAGCAUUACUUGACUAUUGAGAGAAGAGGACUGAGACGCUUUUGUACAUUAACAGCUAAAGGUUGGCGUUUUUCAUUAAUAAAAGGAAAAUAUGUAUCUUAUGUCACAACGUGCUCCUUUCUGGUGUGUUUUCGGCUUCCUGCGUGACGCUUUUGCGCGGAAAAAGAGAAACGUGUCAUAAAUGAUAAAAAGUCUUUUAUUCCCUAAAAAACACAUUCAACAUUAAGAUGGUUCGGGCCAAGCCUGGGUACAGGUCCAGGCAGUGAUACAGAUGAGGUUAAAGUUCAGACAGAUACACUUGGAUACAUGACACUGCAUUUCUUAUUAUUGGCCUAAAAUAACCAAUGUGUUGACGGCACCUUGUUGCAUAUCUCACCUGGUAACGCUUCAUGAUAGUCAGUUACAAAUCACUUCAAUAUAUGUCAAUCCUUUUAUAGAAUUUAGAUUAAAUUUGUUGUUCAUAAUUCACUGACAGCUCUUGAAUGACUUGUUCCAGUACAGUUUUCCACAUAUAAUCAGUUUUACAUACAAAUAUCACAUUAUGCAGUGUAUAAAAAGUGUAUUGGAUUAAAGCUGGAGUGUGUUAUUAAAGCUGUGCAGUCAUAACAAAGAGAGAAAGGGCUGAGUACAUUGUAGAAAGACUGAAUGGGAACGUACAGUACGCACAGACAGGCGACGCACACCGAAUGGUUCGUCUCUGACCUGAAUGUGUUGUGAAGCUGAUUUCAGCCUCACUUCAUACUGUACCGCGCAUCGCUCCUUCAAAAGACAUCAGAGCCAGGGUGACGGCGCGCCCAGAGCGGGUCGGCGCCGCCUCAGCCGGGUUUCUAGUCAAUCAUGAGCUUCUUGAGGGAGUCCAGGUACGCUGGGAUGAGGGAGCUGACGGACUCGUUGUCGUCGUUGAGGAUCUUCUCUCCUCUACCCUCUGAGCCCACAGAGCUGGGUGACCUGACCAGGCGGGGGUACGGGGUGCUAUAACCCUGGUGGAGCACAAACAGACCUCGUUAUUCACUCAUUACUCAGAAAAACACCACCUCUGGGAUUUCAUGUUUUCAUGUAACAUCUUUU